CGGGCCGCGCGGCCCCGCCGGAGGGACGCGGAAGGAGAGAGCCGGGGGCGCCGCGCCGGGGUCCGGGGUCGCGCGCGGCCCGAGGGGAGCGAGGGCGACGACCAGGUGAGCGCGCGGAGGAGAGGUGACACUCCGGCAGGACCCCGCGCGCUGACAGCCCGACCGGGUCCUGGCUGAAGGGACGCGCGGCGCCGAUAAGUCGCCGCGCGACGGGCGAGGUGAGUGGUCCCGCCAGCCCCGCGUCUCGUUGGGAGUGUGCCGGGAAGCGGCCCUGACCGCUCCGAGUGCGAUUUGAAAGAAGCUAACUGAACCACUGAUAUCCAAUUUUUAAAACAAGGACCACCCUUUACAGGAAUUACCAUGGUUGACACAGAGAUGCCGUUCUGGCCCACCAACUUUGGAAUCAGCUCUGUGGAUCUCUCUGUGAUGGAUGACCAUUCCCAUUCCUUUGACAUCAAGCCCUUUACAACGGUUGAUUUCUCCAGCAUUUCUGCUCCGCACUAUGAAGACAUUCCAUUCGCAAGAGCUGACCCAAUGGUUGCUGAUUACAAAUAUGACCUGAAGCUCCAAGAAUACCAAAGUGCGAUCAAAGUAGAACCUGCAUCCCCACCUUAUUAUUCUGAAAAGACCCAACUCUACAACAGGCCUCAUGAAGAGCCUUCCAACUCCCUUAUGGCCAUUGAGUGCCGAGUCUGUGGGGAUAAAGCAUCAGGCUUCCACUAUGGAGUUCAUGCUUGUGAAGGAUGCAAGGGUUUUUUCCGAAGAACCAUCCGAUUGAAGCUUAUUUAUGAUAGGUGUGAUCUUAACUGUCGGAUCCACAAAAAAAGCAGAAAUAAAUGUCAGUACUGCCGAUUUCAGAAGUGCCUUGCUGUGGGGAUGUCUCACAAUGCCAUCAGGUUUGGGCGGAUGCCACAGGCCGAGAAGGAGAAGCUGUUGGCGGAGAUCUCCAGUGAUAUCGACCAGCUGAACCCAGAGUCUGCUGAUCUCCGGGCCCUGGCAAAGCAUUUGUAUGACUCAUACAUAAAGUCCUUCCCGCUGACCAAAGCCAAGGCGAGGGCGAUCUUGACAGGAAAGACAACAGACAAAUCACCAUUUGUCAUCUACGACAUGAAUUCCUUAAUGAUGGGAGAAGAUAAAAUCAAGUUCAAACAUAUCACCCCCCUGCAGGAGCAGAGCAAAGAGGUGGCCAUCCGCAUUUUUCAAGGGUGCCAGUUUCGGUCUGUGGAAGCUGUGCAAGAAAUCACAGAAUAUGCCAAAAAUAUCCCUGGUUUCAUUAACCUUGACUUAAAUGACCAAGUGACUUUGCUCAAGUAUGGUGUCCAUGAGAUCAUCUACACAAUGCUGGCCUCUCUGAUGAAUAAAGAUGGAGUUCUCAUAUCAGAGGGCCAAGGAUUCAUGACCAGGGAGUUCCUCAAAAGCCUGCGGAAGCCCUUUGGUGACUUUAUGGAGCCCAAGUUUGAGUUUGCUGUGAAGUUCAACGCACUGGAACUAGAUGACAGUGACUUGGCCAUAUUUAUAGCUGUCAUUAUUCUCAGUGGAGACCGCCCAGGCUUGCUGAACGUGAAGCCCAUCGAGGACAUCCAAGACAACCUGCUGCAGGCCCUGGAGCUCCAGCUCAAGCUAAACCACCCGGAGUCCUCGCAGCUGUUUGCCAAGGUGCUCCAGAAGAUGACAGACCUCAGGCAGAUCGUCACAGAGCAUGUGCAGCUGUUGCAUGUGAUCAAGAAGACGGAGACGGACAUGAGCCUUCACCCCCUGCUCCAGGAGAUCUACAAGGAUUUAUAUUAGCAGGAAAGUCCCACCGCUGACAACGUGUUCCUUCUUUCGAUUGCACUAUUAUUUUGAGGGAAAAAUCUGACACCUAAGAAAUUUACUGUGAAAAAGCAUUUUUAAAACAAAAGGUUUUAGAACAUGAUCUAUUUUAUGCAUAUUGUUUAUAAAGAUACAUUUACAAUUUACUUUUAAUAUUAAAAAUUACCACAUUAUGAAA